CGUUCGGGAACUCGCAGCAUGCAGCCCAGUUUCGAGGAACUAGCCUACAUCAUUCUCCAUGUAUUUCUACCGUUAAAUCUACCGCACGAAUACGACAUCAAUAGCCCACACAAGGACUGCGUCCUCCUCAACUAUGUGCUCACGGUAGCUCGUGGAUUCCGAAGGGCGCUCGAAUUAAUCGGAAAUGAUGGUGUCUUGUCUAUAUUAUCCACAUGGGACGUUGUGAUCAAGAUGCUUGACA